AUGAACUCCCUUACAGGAAGAACCGCACUGUCCCUGUGCAGACAGAUGGCAGCAGCUGGGAUAAGGCUCCACGCCGCCUCCCCAGGUUACCUUGCCGGGAGCCAGGCUUCUUUGCAGGCUGUGCGGGUCUGUCACUCCAGGUCAAGCCGCAAAGGCAAUGUGAGCACCAAGAAGCGGGGUUAUGACAUCACCAGGAAUCCUUACCUCAACAAGGGAAUGGCGUUCACACUGGAAGAGCGCUUACAGUUGGGUAUCCACGGCCUGCUGCCGCCCUGCUUUCUUUCCCAGGAAGUGCAAGUCCUGCGUGUCAUGAAGAGCUACGAAACGCGCACAAAUCCUCUGGACAAGUACAUUCUGCUGAUGUCACUGCAGGACAGGAAUGAGAAGUUGUUCUACCGUCUGCUGACCUCUGACCUGGAGGAGUUCAUGCCCAUCGUGUACACUCCCACCGUCGGCCUGGCCUGUCAGCAGUACGGCCUCGCCUUCAGGAGGCCACGUGGACUCUUCAUCACGAUCCACGACAAAGGCCACAUUGCCACAAUGCUCAACUCCUGGCCUGAAGAUAACAUUAAGGCUAUUGUGGUGACAGAUGGGGAGCGUAUCCUGGGCCUGGGGGACUUGGGUAGCUAUGGCAUGGGCAUCCCUGUUGGGAAAUUGGCACUCUACACAGCUUGUGGCGGGGUUCGACCUCAGCAGUGCCUACCUGUGCUGCUGGAUGUGGGCACUGACAACCAGACCCUGUUGAAUGAUCCUUUGUACAUCGGUUUGAAGCAUAAGAGGAUCAGAGGAAAAGAGUAUGACGACCUGAUUGAGGAGUUCAUGCAGGCUGUGACAGAUAAGUACGGGAUGAACUGCAUGAUUCAGUUUGAGGAUUUUGCCAACACAAACGCUUUUCGUAUCCUCAACAAAUACAGGAAUCGUUACUGUACUUUCAACGAUGAUAUCCAAGGCACAGCUUCGGUAGCUGUUGCUGGGAUUUUAGCAGCUUUGAAGAUCACAAAGAACAAACUGUUGGACCACAAAUUUGUUUUCCAGGGAGCAGGAGAGGCUGCUCUGGGUAUUGCUCACCUGCUUAUGAUGGCAAUGGCCAAAGAGGGUGCAACUCGAGAAGAAGCUGCCAAGAGGAUCUGGAUGGUGGACUCCAAAGGUCUCAUUGUAAAGGGAAGAGGCCACCUAAACCAUGAGAAGGAGGAGUUUGCUCAUGACCACCAUCACCUAAAGACUCUGGAGGAGGUGGUGAACACCAUCAAACCCACCGCCAUCAUAGGAGUUGCUGCUAUUGGAGGAGCAUUUACAGAGAAGAUAAUCAAAGACAUGGCGUCCUUCAAUGACAGACCGAUCAUUUUUGCUUUGAGCAACCCGACCAGCAAGGCGGAGUGCACGGCAGAGCAGUGCUACCAGCUCACACAGGGCCGAGGCAUUUUUGCCAGUGGAAGUCCGUUUAGCAAAGUGACCCUGGCAGACGGGCGCAGCUUCUACCCCGGUCAGGGAAACAAUGCCUACGUGUUCCCUGGUGUGGCGCUCGGCGUUAUCGCCUGCGGAGUGCGCCACAUAUCGGAUGAUGUCUUCCUCACGACAGCAGAGGCGAUAGCCGACAUGGUAACAGAGGAGCACUUGGCUGAAGGAAGACUCUACCCUCCUCUCAGCACCAUCAGAGAGGUGUCCUUCAAGAUUGCUUUGAAGAUUGUAAACUACGCAUACAGAAACAACAUUGCUUCACUGUAUCCUGAACCAAAGGACAAGGAGGAGUUCCUCCUGUCUCACAUAUACAGUCCUGAUUACGACUCCUUCACUCUGGACACAUACAGCUGGCCGCAGGAGGCCAUGAAUGUCCAGGUCGUGUAAGAACAUCAGUUUCAUGCAUCUCUGUGGUGUGAUUUUCAGUUUCUGCUUUGUCUUUGCUCACAAACACAGCCUCUUUUGUUUUCCUUUUAAAACUGGCAGUACAGCGCCCCCCUCAGUGAUUUAGUGCGACUGUAUUGUCAUAAAUGAAUUGUGAACCAAAACGUGAUUCAUAUGAUCAAGUUGUCUCUGAGCUGCCUUUGUAUUUCACCGGUUUUCAUUUUUCCAUUUUCUGUAUUAGUGUUAAAUUAAAAUACAUUUUAUAGAGUACCAAACAUAAGUGUACACAUAACCAUAUUUAGCUGCACUUAGACAUUUAUUACAGUUUUAUCCUAAGAGGAAAACUAUCACAGUAUAAAAUCAUCCAAAGUUCUGCAGAGACUUAAAACUAAAACUGCUGUCUAGAAGGGAACUCAUUAAAGUGCCCUAAUGC